UUUAAGCUCUGGCGUUCUCUCUCGGUCUGUUUUUUCAUCAUCAUCAACGUCAAAGAGCUUCAUAAUUUCGAUCACCGAUUAAAGAGGAAACAAAAAUCAUCCGCCGUGGGAGUUGCUUUCCGGCGUAGACGGAGCAGUUUUUGCCCUCGAAAAAUCUCGUGUGUAUAUACAUACUUUUUUCCUUAUCGUGCUUGGAAAUUCGCGAGUCUUCGUCUUGCAACGCUAAGGAGGGUUUUGUGUUAAAUCUCCAUCAAAGCUGAUAAAUGAUAAAUGGGAAAUCGUGGCCAAAAGCGUACUGAAAUGGUGGAUGGUUUACCGGCUGAUAAACGGGCAUGCAGUUCAUUGGAAUUCAGACCAAGUUCAUCUAGUUCGUCUAUGAAAAUGCAUGUGACAUCCACAAAUUCAAGUCCUGGCAUCCAUGACAAUGAUAUGGACACUUCAUCAUCUGCUUCUGCUUCUAGCCGCUCAGAGGGAGAACAUGAAAAGGAUUCGGCCUAUGGGUCUUGUGAUUCUGAUGAUGCAGAGCAAAAACAUAGUGAUCUUCGGAAUUAUCACAGGCAAAGAUCAUCUAGCGAUCAUGGACGAUUUAAAAGGAUUUUGUCAAGCUUGGGUGAAGAAUCUGAGCCAUCUGCACAAUUAGCAUUGCUAACGGAGCUAUGUGAGGUUUUAUCAUUCUGUACGGAGAAUUCACUUUCGAGCAUGACAUCAGAUUCGUUAUCUAUAAUCCUUGUAAAGCUGGUGAAACUUGAUAGUAACCCGGAGAUAAUGCUAUUGGCUAUAAGGGCGUUAACUUAUUUAUGUGACGUUUACCCUAGAUCAUCUAGUUUUCUAGUUCGCCAUGAUGGAGUUCCUGCCCUCUGUCAGAGGCUAGCAGCUAUUGAGUACAUGGACGUUGCUGAACAGUGUUUGCAAGCAUUGGAGAAAAUAUCACGGGAACAACCCGUUGCAUGCUUAGAGGGUGGUGCGGUUAUGGCUGUUUUAAAUUAUAUUGAAUUCUUUUCUACUAGCAUACAAAGGAUUGCUCUUCGCACUGUGGUGAAUGUCUGCAAAAAACUUCCUUCUGAGUGUCCACCUACUUUGAUCGAUGCUGUUCCUAUACUAUGUAAUCUCCUUCAGUAUGAGGAUCGGCAGCUGGUGGAGAAUGUGGCUCUAUGCAUGAUUAAAAUAGCUGAGUGUGUCAAUCAAUCCUGCGAGCUUCUGGAUGAGCUCUGUCAGCAUGGGCUGAUUCAACAAGCCAUUCACCUUAUAAAUUUGAAUAGCCGAACUACUUUGUCCCAGACCAUUUACAAUGAUUUGCUUGGAGUACUUGUCAAAUUAUCUUCAGGAUCAAUUGUUGCUUUCAAAACCCUUUAUGAGCUAAACAUUAGCAACACUUUGAAGGACAUAUUAUCUGCUUACAAUCUCUCGCAUGGAAUUUCUUCUUCAUGUGCAGUAGUUGAUGGGCAGCGGAACCAGGUGUGUGAAGUCCUGAAAUUGCUUAACGAGCUUCUCCCUACGAGAGAUGCAAAUGCAGAACAACCGUCUGAAAAAGUAUCUUAUUUAGACAGUAAUCCUAAGCAACUGCAGAAGUUUGGCUUGGAUAUACUUCCUUUGCUAGUUCAGGUGGUUAGUUCUGGUGCGAACUUGUAUGUUUGUUGCAGCUGCCUAACUAUUAUCUACAAGUUUUCCUGUUUGAGUGAAUCUGACAUGCUUGUUGAGUUGCUUCAGAAUGCCAACAUUUCUAGUUUCCUCGCUGGAGUGUUUACUCGAAAAGACCAUCAUGUGCUGAUAUUAGCUUUAAAGAUCACUGAGAUUAUCCUGCAGAAGCUCUCUAUUACAUUUUUGAAAUCAUUCGUUAAGGAGGGUGUCUAUUUUGCAAUUGAUGCACUAAUAACUCCGGAAAAGUAUAAACAGUUGAUUUUCCCAGUGUAUACUGGUGUCCAACCAUCAUUUGGUUCAUGUCAGAAGUCUUCAAGAGAUAAUACGAGGUGCCUAUGCUAUGCAUUUUCAAGUGGUUGUUUCUCCUCAGCUACAGAAACAGGCAGCUGCAAGCUUGACAUGGAUUCUGUAUAUAAUCUUGCAAGGCACAUAAGAACCAAUUAUUUUGCUGAAGAAUUAUGCGACACUGAUAAAGGGUUGACUGAUAUUCUUCAGAAUCUUCGAACUCUUUCUGGUUCCUUAGAUGAUCUACUGAACUUGUCCUUAAUCAAGGACACUCCAGCUCAGAAUGAAGACAAAUUUUAUGCUCUAUUGGUUGAGAUUAUGUCAAAGCUUAAAAGUGGCGAGCCCAUAUCGACCUUUGAAUUUAUUGAAAGUGGAAUUGUCAAGUCAUUUAUAAAUUACUUAACUAAUGGGCAGUAUCUGAGGGAAAAGGGAGAUCCGCAAACUAUAUCUAGACAAUUCUCAAUUAUGGAAAGAAGAUUUGAGGUUUUUGCAAGGCUACUCUUAUCCAGUUCAGACCUUCCUUCUACAAACUUGCCACUUUUGGUAUUGAUAAGGAAAUUACAAAUCUCACUGUCAUCUCUAGAAAACUUUCCUGUUAUUUCUAGCCAGGGAUUCAAACACAGGAACUAUUUUGCUGUGGUCCCAAAUGGACGGUGCAUACCACAUCCUUGUGUGAAAGUUCGGUUUGUGAGAGGAGACGGGGAAACAGACCUCUGUGACUAUUCUGGGGAUGUCCUGACUGUUGACCCCUUUUCUAUGUUGAAUGCCAUUGAAGGGUUUCUAUGGCCCAAAGUUAGCUCAAAAAGAGCUGAGCAGUCCUCUGAAGCAGAUAGCCUGAGGGACCAUCAAAUCAAAAUGCUAUCAAAUGUAUGUUCUAGUUUGGGUGUUAACCCAAGACUAGUGGUGUCUGACAGCAUGUCCACAGAUUUACCUGAAAUUCAGGGAUUUGCAGAAGUCAGCACUGAUGUGAAAUCACAGUGUUCUUCAUCCUGCAGCAAGAAAGACAUGAAGCCCAAAUUGUUACUUUUUCUUGAGGGGAAGCAGCUGGAGCCCACCUUUACACUUUAUCAGGCAAUUCUCCAACAACACAUCAAAGAAGAUGAAACCAUUUCUGGUACAAGAGUAUGGAGUCAAGUAUAUACAAUAACAUAUAAAAGUGCUGGAGAAGUAGAGGACCACAGUUCAAAUAAAUGCUUUUCUGCAUCAGACAAGGCUGCAACGUUGCAGUUUUCUUCAUUUUUCUAUGGCAUUCUAAACUGUGUGCUGCCUUCUGACUUGGCAAAAGAAAUUCCUGCUUAUGAUGUUUUAUUUCUUCUAAGGAGCUUAGAGGGCAUGAACAAAAUGGCAUUUCACAUUAUGUCACAUGAAAGGAUUCGUGCUUUUGCAGAAGGGCGAAUUAAAACCUUGGACAAUAUAAAGCUAUCAGUUCCUUCAGUGUCGCAGAAUGAAUUUGUAAACAGCAAACUGACUGAAAAACUUGAACAACAGAUGAAGGACUUUUCUGCUGUAUCCAUCGGUGGUAUGCCUUUAUGGUGUAAGGAACUUAUGGAUUCAUGCCCUUUCUUAUUUAGUUUUGAGGCAAGACGCAAGUACUUUCGGAUAGUAGCAUUUGGCAUGCAGCAACACCAGCCAUAUGUAAGAUCAUAUAGUGACUUGGGGACCUCGAACGACUUACGAUCAAGUUCUGGUGGCUUGCCUCGUAAGAAGAUAUUAGUUCACCGCAACCAAAUUUUGGAUUCUGCUGCCAAAAUGAUGGAUCAGUAUGCACAUCAGAAGGUACUCCUUGAAGUGGAAUACGAUGAAGAAGUUGGCACUGGACUUGGUCCAACAUUGGAAUUCUAUACUCUUGUCAGUCGUGAGUUUCAAAAGUAUGGCCUUGGAAUGUGGAGAGGGGAUCAUAAUGCAUUUGUGUCCAGAAAGAGCCUGAACAUCGAGGAUAGGGAAACUAUUGAAUCUCCAUUUGGAAUUUUCCCCCGCCCAUGGCCAUCAACUCUGGAUACUGAUGAGCAACAUUAUAUCGAAGUAAUUAAAAAAUUUGUACUCAUGGGACAAAUUGUGGCAAAGGCCAUUCAAGAUGGAAGGGUUAUGGAUAUCUACUUCUCCAAAGCCUUCUAUAAACUUAUACUUGGGCAGGAGGUCAGUAUAUAUGAUAUCCAAUCAUUUGAUCCAGAGCUUGGAACCACUCUGCUGGAGUUUCAAGCUCUAGUCAACAGAAGUAAACUAUUGGAAUCUUCCUAUGGAGAAAACUCGCCGUCAAAACUUGAGUUUUGUUAUCAUAAUACCAAAAUUGAGGAUCUUUGCCUUGAUUUUACUCUUCCUGGUUAUCCUGAUUAUCUCCUGAUUUCUUCUCAUGAUCAUUCAAUGGUAAACACAAAAAAUUUGGAGGAUUAUGUCUCUCUUGUUGUAGAUGCUACAUUAAGUUCUGGAAUCUCAAGACAAAUAGAGGCAUUUAAAUCUGGAUUUAAUCAGGUUUUCCCCAUAGAACAUCUUCAAGUUUUUACUGCAGAAGAAUUAGAGCGUUUAAUAUGUGGAGAACAGGACUCUUGGGCUUUGAAUGAGCUCCUUGACAAUAUGAAGUUUGACCAUGGCUAUACGUCCAGUAGCCCCUCCAUUAUUGAUCUGCUUGGAAUUAUUGAAGAGUUCAACAAUGAACAGCGACGAGCAUUUCUACAGUUCGUGACCGGGGCACCAAGGCUUCCUCCCGGGGGCUUUGCAUCUCUCAAUCCGAAGUUGACCAUAGUCCGAAAGCACUCCAGCAAUCUGGUUGAUGCUGAUUUACCAAGUGUGAUGACCUGUGCAAACUAUCUCAAGUUGCCACCUUACUCCUCAAAGGAGAUCAUGAAAGAGAAGCUCGUAUAUGCCAUAACAGAAGGGCAAGGCUCGUUUCAUCUUUCAUAGCCUCAAAUUUGUGUCUAUCUGUAAAAAGUGGAAUUGGUAAAUGGUAAUUAUAAGAGUAGUAAUAGCUGGUGUGUAGAUAAAAGGAUGAAAAUGGAUGGAGAGGGAGCAGAUUAUGGUUCUUCUUCUAAAUCUGGUGGGUAAGUUUUUAAUGUACAUAACUGGUGGUGUACAUAGAAUGGAAAAAGGUUGUACAGGAAAUGGAGGGUUUUAGAUUUAUUGGCAUGGACUCCCAUUUUACUUUUAAACCCAUGCUCACAUUGUACAUAUUUUCAUAGUAAAUUAACUCGUCUGCUCUUUUUUUU